AUGUGGGUUUGUGAGAGUACAAGGGACCUUCGCCGGGGACUUCGUGUUCCAGACGAUCGCUUGGAGGAAAGGUUGCUGGCCAUGGCGGUUCCCGAGAUCCCACCGGCCCCGGAGGUGAUCGACCCACACGGCCUCUACGAGGACAUGGCGGAGGUGCUGCAGAAGAAGUUGUCUGAGGGCGCUCCGGUUCUUGUGGCGACGGACGGCAGCGUGGUGGCUACUGUUGCAGCCUGGGCUGUGGUCGCGGGCCUUGAUGGCGACGGCGACUUCUCCUUGGGGCUCGAUGGCGAGGACCAGACGUCCCAUAGAGCGGAGGUUGAGGGCAUCCUGGCUCUCCUGCAUGGCCUCUCCUUGACGACGGCCAAAGGGAUAGUCCAUGUGAUGGUGGAUUGCCAGUCGGCCCUUGAGGUGAUUGCUGGUGGUGGUGAGGCUAAGCUACUUUGCAAGCGGGCCAGGGACCUCCUCGAUGGUUUGGCGCGCCGAAUCGAGGUCCUUUUCUGGUGGGUGCCGUCGCACGGCAAGUGUGCACCAAGCCGGUGGCAGGUUCCACCUUGUGGCGAGCCUGUCGCCAGGGCUUUGAAUGCUCGAGCUGACCGUGUGGCACGUUCUUGUGCAGGGCGGCGAGCAGGCCUUGCAGUCCUUGACAAAGACUGCUCAUCGUUGGAUGGAGGCCUAGUCGGGCGGCGAUCGGUCGGCUACGACUUUGGCAUCGCGCCGGCGUUGAGCAAAGGCUUCGUGGUAAAAUCUGGCAUGCAGAAGAGUGUGAUGAGCGAGCGUGACGUGCAGCUGGCCUGCGAUUCCUCGUUCAUCAUCAAGGUCUACGAGACCUUCAACAGUUCGGAGCAUCUGUACUUUCUGUUGGAGUGUGCGCUGGGCGGCGAGCUCUAUGCAACUUACAACAAGAAAGGUCUCACAGGCAAGGAGGGCCAUGCAAAGUUCUACGUGGCCGGAGUCGUUGUUGCCUUCGAGCACUUGCACAGCAAGAAAAUCGUGUUCCGAGAUCUGAAGCCAGAAAACCUGCUCCUCAACGAUCACGGCCAUCUGAAGCUCACUGACAUGGGUUUGGCCAAGGUGGUCAUUGGCAAGACCUUUACCACAUGUGGCACUCCGGACUACUUUGCGCCCGAGAUGAUUGCCUCAAAGGGGCACACCUUGGCCGUCGACUGGUGGACCCUGGGUGUGCUGGGCUACGAGCUCAUGUGCGGGAACCCACCUUUCGAAGCUGAGCAAGUUAUGCAGACGUACCAGAAGAUCAAGAAGGGCAUCGCGCAGGUGGGCUUUCCACCACGGUGCCGAGGUCGCUGCGAAGACUUGAUCAAGAACCUUUGCCAGAAAGAUCCUUCUGAGAGGUUGCCGAUGAGGAGCGGUGGCAUCGAGAACAUCAAGAAGCACAUCUGGUAUGAGGGCUUUGACUGGCAGAGCUUUGAGUCACUGAAGAUGGAGACGCCUUACAAGCCGGAGGUAAAGAGCAAAACCGACAUUGCGAACUUCUCGGCGCGCGAUGCGGAUCGGCCGCCGCAGGUGAAGUACAAGGACGACGGAAGCGGAUGGGAUGCCAGUUUUGCCACGUCCGAGUGA